ACCUCGUUUCCCAUGAUCGAUCUUGAUGCUGCAUUGGGCCCUUUCAACACGCCUCUUCCCCGAAACGCCGAGUGGGAAGCUGCUCAGAAAGCCGGUGGUUUGAUGAAGCGGCAAUUGCACAGUGCUGCCGGAAUGAGUCGCUUUUCUGGACCAGGCAUGCAUUACGUCCAUCACCAGCGAGCUCAAAGCUCGCCUGAGAUGCCACCAUUUGAGUUCCGCCGUGGGAUGAACAGAUUUGGAAGCAGCUCUACGAUGGCGGAUGUUUUCGAAGAGGAUGAAGAGGGCGACUCGGAUGACGGCAAGGACAGUGGCUCGUCCACUCCUCAGCCCGAAUCGGCCGAUAUAAGGGACAGCGAAGCCUCGAGCAUGUGUGGCCCUUUCUCAGCGCGCGCCUCUGCUGAGAAACUGACGGACAACGAUGCAACCCCUGUGGCGAAACGGAGGGCAAGCGAUCCUGAGGACAGCAAGCCGCGGCGGACAGCCAGCAUGAAGUCAAUGACUUCCUACAACUCACUUCAGGCGCAAGUGAUCGAGGAAGAGCUUCCUUCUCCUUCAUUCAGAACGGUGGAAUUCGGCGGACCAGCGCAGCAGAGAUUCAUUACUGUUCCCGACUCACCCAUGUCCUCACCGGUCAGCCCAAGAGCACCUUUGGAGAGCAGUUCGUCGCAGCACACGACGUCGUCCUCGCUGGCGCCAAUCAGCCCAUAUUCGACCACAGCAUCCUCGUCCUUCCCAUCCCCUCGAUCGCCGCUCCUUUACGAUGGCAACAUUAUCUCUACAGCUCCAUCUUCAAUUACCGACGACAGUUUUCAAUCGCUCCUUAUGGGCGAGCCAGGACCCGAAGUGCGGAAAUCUCUCGAUGUUCCUUCACUUGCUAGCAGCCACUCGACGCAGCCCAGGGAGAACUUGUUUGCUCAGCAGGCCGCGCACCUGAGCCGCCCGCCGGCUCCUGGUGAACGACCGGCAUCGUUCAGUAUGAUAGGCUUUGGUAGUCGAAGAGGCAGCCUAGCUAGUCUCAGCCGACUGAUCAGCAGCUCUCAUGGAGAACGGAGCAAACUUUCGUUGGAGGUUUCAUUCACCGGCGACUCUGAGAAGAAGUCGAAAGAGAACAAGCCAAAACGGCGACUGAGCCGUAUGAUGCGGUUCUGGAAGAACAAAGAGGGCGACGCUCAGGCGUAGAUUUUCCAAUAUGACUGGUCAGCCUUCCGGGGCUUGUGAGAGCACGGACCUGCAGCAUUUUCUCAACAACUCAUGAACCCGGCGUUUUCUUUUUUCUUUAACAGCAGCGAAUGCGACAUUUGCACAAGGAGAGGAACGAAUUGUAUUCUAGCAAGUCCUUUUACACAAUCUGAAGCCGUCGACACACGCAAUCAUCACCAAAGGAGGUUUCACUCAUGAUCUGGGCCCGGUUUAUUGGCCACAGAUAUAUUUCGAGGCGAAGAUAGCAUGUGGUCGAAUUAUUUUUCUGUCAAUUCUGACGUUCAGACUUUACAACGUUUACAAAAAGCUUGGAGGGGGUGGGUUCUAGUUUGGGGAGACGAAGAUGGGUUGACUGAGCAGCACUGCGGUCAUGUGAGAUCAUUGUGAUGCGAGUGGGAGAACUGACGAGGAGGGGUGAGGCGAGACAAGAACCAGACGCUCGUACCGAGGAACGCCCCGUCCCCCUUCUCAUCUCGCCUUUGGCCUUGUCGAUCGUUGGGUGGGGGAGGGAGAUCAUCAUCAUCCUCCCCUUCCUCCCCGGUACCCAUGUGCGGUGGCUUCUUUUUCAGACAUGAUUUGCAUGGGUUAAUACCCGGGCACGCAAAAUUACGUAGAGACAUAAUAAUGAUUGAUGUGUAAACCUC